AAUAGCUUUCCUACGCACUCUAGACGCUACCCGAAGAAGCCGAACUGGUCCUGCAAAUCCUCAAAAACCAGAAAUAACUUGAAACUCAGCUGCGUCUCAAUCAUUAAAACGACUUAUUUACCCUGCGAGCAGCUGGAAAACGACAAGUAGUAAGAAGAAGAAGAAUAAGAAAAAAUGGAAAACGGCAGUAAUAAGGAGCAAGCAGUUGACGUGAGAUCAGUGGUGGAAGCUAUUUCUUCCGCCGCCGACGACAUUGAUACUCCUCGUUACGAAAUUGAAAGUCUCUGUAUGCGCUGUGGUGAAAAUGGAAUGACCAGGCUAUUACUGACAAUAAUUCCGAACUUUAGAAAAAUAUUGUUAUCGGCUUUUGACUGUCCGCAUUGUGGCGAGAGGAACAAUGAGGUCCAGUUUGCGGGUGAAAUCCAGCCACGGGGAUGUUAUUAUUGUUUGGAGGUCCCAUCUGGCGAUAAGAAGACGUUUGAUCGACAAGUAGUGAAAUCUGAAUCUGCCACCAUUAAGAUUCCAGAGCUGAACUUUGAGAUUCCGCCGGAGGCACAGCGUGGAAGUUUGUCUACAGUUGAAGGGAUUUUGGUACGAGCUGCUGAUGAAUUGCAGGCACUUCAACCAGAAAGGAAGAAAGUUGACCCUAAGACUGCUGAAGCAAUAGACCAAUUUUUGUUUAAAUUGAGAUCUUGUGCAGCAGGAGAGACAUCUUUCACCUUCAUCUUGGAUGAUCCUGCUGGAAACAGCUUCAUUGAAAACCCGUUUGCCCCAUCCCCAGAUCCAUUGUUGAGUAUUAAGUUGUAUGACCGAUCUCCAGAGCAGCAGGAAGCUUUAGGCUACCAAGCUGAUCCAUCACAGUUAGGAGAAGCUGGCCAGCGCUCACCAUCAGAAUCAACAGGCAGUAUUUCUGGGCAGAUAAGACAUCCUCAUGGAUCAAUUGGAGCAGUGUCUGGCCAUCGUACUAUUGCACAAAGUAAUAGUGCAGAAAUUGCUGAAGCUUUGUUCCAUUACUCUGCACCAGAGGAGGUCAUGACUUUCCCAUCAACUUGUGGCACUUGUGCAAGCAAGUGCGAAACUCGAAUGUUCAACACUAAGAUUCCUUACUUCCAAGAAGUAAUUGUCAUGGCAUCCACUUGUGAUUCAUGUGGUUACCGCAAUUCUGAGGUGAAACCUGGCGGGCGCAUUCCUGAGAAAGGAAAAAGAAUCACUCUGCAUGUGCAGAACAUUAAGGACCUAAGCCGUGAUGUUAUAAAGUCAGAUACUGCAGGAGUGAAAGUCCCUGAGCUCGAGUUAGAGCUGGGUAGUGGCACACUGGGAGGAGUUGUCACAACUGUUGAAGGUUUAAUUACAAAAAUAACUGAAAGCCUUGAGAGAGUUCAUGGAUUUACGUUUGGAGAUAGUAUGGAUGAUUGUAAGAAAGGCAAGUGGCAAGAUUUUAGAGAAAAGCUAAAAAAGCUUUUGAGUAUGGAGGAACCGUGGACUUUAAUUCUGGAUGAUGCAUUAGCAAAUUCAUUUAUUGCACCGGGAACGGAUGACCUCAAAGACGACACUCAGUUACAAUUCGAGGAUUACGAGAGGUCCUGGGAACAGAAUGAGGAUUUGGGACUGAACGAUAUGGACACUUCUUCAGCUGAUGCUGCUUAUAACUUGACAGAGGAUAACUCAAAUCAGCAGAAAGAUGAGUAAAUCGCAUUGUUACAUCCAUAUGUAUAAUGAUGGCAUCCAAUCUUUUGGACCGAAAAGAAUUUGGAAAAAGAAACACAUCACUUGUGCAUUAUUAUAAAUCGUGCAUUUUGUUCUGUUGGCAUUUUAGAAAAGAAAUGAAAGUACUGUAUCCCUAUAGUGGGUUGAGGUAAAAUUUAAUUUUGGAGCUCUUGAUCUGAAAUUUGCAGUGUUUGUUAAUUAUUUCUUAUUAUUCCCUAUUAAUCUAUUAUUAUUCUCUGCAA